UGUUUACAUAUUAUCCAAGAAUACCGAAGGUUUAUGGUUGUGCAACUGCUAUUGAUCUUGCAUCUUGGUGGACACUUUAUGAUGGACCAAUGAAUGCAACAGAUUUCGAUUAUAUGAAAUAUGUUCAGUGGUUAAGAGGCAUCAAAUGGACACCGGAAUUGGCAGCUAAAUGGCAAGCAUUUUAUAAUGACAGUGAGCGUAUAUUGAUUACUGGCACAGGAGGAAAUUUACAAUUUGAUGCAAUCUAUAUACCAAAGUACAAAGAUUUAGAUUCAGCCGAUUGUAAAAACAGUAAAUCGUUAAAUGUUCGUAAUCGUCGUUCAACAAUAAAUAAAACGGAAUGUAGAUAUAAUAAUUCUGUACAACAUUUCCAGACAAAUUCAAUUUUAUUUACCAUGAUUUUGUGUAUUAUUCAUUAUUUUAAAUCAUAA